GUGCACAGUUCUCGUCAUGACGCAGAUAGAGAUUUCCAGCAAGUCGGAAAAACCAGCGGAAAAACCGGCGGAGCAAUGGGGAAAUGGACUCGAAUUUCUCUUCUCCUGCAUUUCAUUAUCCGUGGGAUUGGGGAAUAUCUGGCGUUUUCCCUACAUUGCCUUCCAGAAUGGCGGCGGUACCUUUGUGAUUCCGUACCUGAUUGCCCUGCUGGUAAUUGGACGGCCUGUCUACUAUCUUGAGAUUUCCCUGGGCCAGUUCACGGGUCGCGGCGUGGUCAAGGCCUUCGAUAUGGCUCCCCUGCUCAAGGGCGUGGCGGUGGGUCAGGUCCUGGCCACAGCCGCCUCCAUCACAUACUACUCCAGCAUCAUGGCCUUGACUCUGCGUUUCCUGCUGGCCUCCUUUGGCUCCGAGCUGCCAUGGAGCAGGUGCUGGGAGAGCUGGGGCACCGAUUGCCACGACGGCAAUGCUCAAAAUAGCAGUGGAAAAAUGUCACCGGCACAGCUGUACUUUGAACGCGAGAUCCUUCAUGAGGUGCCCAACAUAGACACCGGACUGGGUCUGCCCAACUGGCAAUUGGUGGCCUGCUUGGCGGUUGCUUGGCUAGUCAUCGGUGGAGUCCUCAUUCGCGGCAUUAAGAGCAGUGGCAAGGCGGCCUAUUUUCUGGGCGUAUUUCCCUAUGUAGUGCUGCUCAUCCUGCUCUUGAGAGCCGUAACACUGCCAGGAGCCAUCGAUGGCAUUAUAUACUUCUUCAAGCCACAGUGGCGGGAGCUGUUAAACCCGCUCGUUUGGUAUGCAGCCGUGACCCAGGUCUUCUUUUCGCUGGCCAUCUGUUUCGGCACUUUGAUCACCUAUGCCAGCUACAACAACUUCAACCGCAAUGUCUACAAUGACAUUGUGAUAAUCACCACCAUGGACUCCUGCUCCUCCAUAAUUGCUGGCUGCAUUACCUUUGGAAUUCUGGGCAAUCUGGCCCGCGAGACUGGCAACUCGGAUAUUGGCAGUGUGGUGAAGGGCGGCGCGGGAUUGGCCUUCAUCUCGUACCCGGAGGCUAUUGCCAAGUUCGAGUAUGUGCCACAGAUGUUCGCGGUCCUUUUCUUCCUCAUGCUAUUCGUUUUAGGCAUUGGCAGCACCGUGGGCAUGGGAUCCUGCAUCCUGCGCGUCAUCCGGGAUCAAUUCGGAUUACGCUCCCCGCCCAUUUGGAAACUGGCCAGCGGCCUGGCUGUUUUAGGCUUCUCGGUGAGCAUCUCUUACAUGACCCCGGGCGGUCAGUUUAUUCUGAAUCUAGUGGAUUUCUAUGGUGUCUCCUUCACCGCUUUGAUCCUGGCCAUUGGCGAAUUGGUGGCUGUUGCUUGGAUUUACGGAGUUAAUCGCUUUUGCGAGGACAUCAAGUUUAUGAUGGGCAUUGAAACCGGUUGGUACUGGCGCCUCUGCUGGCGUUUCAUUACACCUGGAUUGAUGACCGCCGUGCUCAUCUACAUGCUCCUCGACAUGUCCGCCCUGGAGUACAAAGGUGUUGGCUAUCCCGCCUUGGCUCACGUUUUUGGCUGUUUUUUGGCCACCUUGGGGCUGAUUCAACUACCCGGCUGGGCCAUCUAUGCCAUCUAUAAAAAGCGUGGCCAGAACGGCAGCUUCUGGCAGGGAGUACGUGCCGCUUGCAGGCCGUCGGACACUUGGGGACCGGCCAACGUUCAGCUGGAUGCCACCAUAUAGAAAAUUAGCUCGGUACCCAACACUGCGUAUACGUAAUGGCUCCAGUAGUCAGGGGCAUUAUUAUUUGAUAUGGUCUAGAUGAAAAUGGGUAGAAUAAAGUGAAAUAUAUGG